CAAGUGUAAUUUGUUGUUGUUGUAGUAACUAAUAGUAAUAAUAAGCUUUACACAGAGAUGGCGCCUUCCGCCUCAGGAUUUGUGAAUGGGGAGAGGGAUGGGCCAAUCCGGUGGCGUCUAGUAUCCGAGCAACGGGCUCAGCCAAUCAGGGACGGCAUCUUGUCUCCCAGGUAAUGGGUUCAGGCCAAUCACCGACGGCGUCUCGUCUCCAGGGCAACAGUUCACUAGACGCCAGCAUCACACAGCCCGGUUUUGGUGAGCAUCAAGAGGGAUAAGAUGGCGGGCAUCCGGAUCUACGUGGAGGUAACGCUGGCGAUGAUCAAACCAGAUGCCAUGGAGAAAGCUCUUGAAAUAGAGAACAUCAUCCUUCAGUCCGGGUUCACUAUACUCAAGAAAAGGAAAGUGCACCUGAGCCCAGAGGAGUGCAGCGAGUUAUACGCUGAGCACAGCGGGAAGAUGUUCUUCCCCAGCCUGACGGCUCAUAUGAGCUCAGGCCCCAUCAUCGCCAUGAUGCUGGCGAGGAACAAAGCCAUCAGCUACUGGAAAGAGCUGCUCGGGCCUGCGGACAGCAUGAAGGCCAAGGAAACUCAUCCCAACAGUUUAAGGGCAAUUUACGGAACGGAUAAGAUCAGGAAUGGCCUCCACGGCAGUGAGUGCUUCAACACGGCAGAGAAGGAGAUCUCCUUGAUGUUUCCUGCUGCUAUCCUCGAGCCAUUUCCCACCGAUCUGGCUGCCAAAGACUUCCUGAGCAAGUUUGUGAACCCCACUCUGCUGACUGGGCUGACUGAACUCUGUAAAGAGAAGCCAGCGGAGCCUGUAAUCUGGCUGGCAGACUGGCUGAUGGAUCAUAAUCCCAACAAAGCUCAGAUACAAAACACCAACCUGGCUUUGCAGCCUUGCCCCAUGUGAUCUGAAAGUAGACUCGAUGGGGGGUGCACGGAGGAGGGGAGGGAACUGGGGAACAGGACAGAGAGAAAGAAGAUGUGACCUUUCGUUUCAUUCCAAUAGCCAUGCAAUAUGUAGGGGAGGAGGAACGAGCAUAUGGGGAAGCAACUUGUCUAAUUUUAACCUGUGUAGCACAAACU